UGAUAGAAUCAGACGUGUCACGUGAUAGAACUUACUAUUUGAAGUGCGCCAGGCAGAGGAACGACCAGAGAAACUCUGAGAGGAUGUCAAGCGACGGUUACGAGCUGUACUACUGGGACGGAAAGUAUGUUGGGCCGGGCCGGGCGGAGUUUGCUCGCCUCCUGUUCGUUGAAGCAGGCGUCCCCUACAAGGAUAUAUCUGAGGGCAUCAUGGAGAAGUUCAGGCAGGCCGAUCAACAGUGGACUGGAUUCCCGACCUUCGCUGUCCCGUUGUUGAAGAAAGGCAGCUUCGAGAUUUCCCAGACACCUGUAAUUUGCCGCUACCUGGGGAAGCAGUUUGGUCUGUUCCCUGACAAUGAGGAAGACCAGUGGCAUGCGGAACAGCUCAACGCCACCAUCCACGACUACAUCGCCGAGGGUCGCUAUGCCUUCCACGGCAUCAAACCCUUCGAAUCCUACUUCGGCCAAGAGAAGGAAACACAGCCAUAUAUUGACCGAUUUCUGGCAGAGAGACUGCCCAAGUAUAUGAAGCAUUUUGAGAAGAUGCUAGCAGCUAAUGACGACGGAAGAAGUUUUGUUGUGGGAGGCAAAGUGACCUAUGCUGACCUAGGCCUGCUUCACGUGCUGAGGGCGACGGCCGCGCAGUUCCCUGAAGCCUGGGCCGCUGUUGAUUAUGCCCCUUUGGUGAAGGCCUUCAAGGAAAGAAUGGAAGCAAGGCCGAACCUGGCUGCUUACUUUAAAUCGGAAAAGUGUAUUCCGUUUUCGGGCAAUAGUAUGAUGUAGCGAGACUGAUAUAGUCGUUUAUAGCAGCAUACCAAUAUGAAAUAAUGUUUAGCAAAAUAUGUUUAUACAGAGUGUUUUUUUAUGUUUUACUAUCACAUUUUUUUAUAUAAAUUUGCGUUUUGCAAAACCCAGAUAGUUAAUGUUGACCGUAGCUGAUAUAGUCUCUGGACGCCAAGCUACACAGCACGUGGAAACAUGGAAACUAAUACUAGGUUCAAGCCAUAGAAAUAGUCGGCAUUCAUACAGCUUUGAAUAAGAGACGACCUCAUUGUAUACUAAGUAUUUUGUUACUGGAUGGUAAGUGGCCCAGUCGUCUUAGGGAACAUCCAUUUGAUUUGAAGGGGGGAGGGGUGGGGGAAGUGAGAGAGAUCUUUGAGAACAAUCUGUGUUCUAUAAUCCUAGCUAUAUCCAAAAAACUGCACCAUCGAUUAAUCUAUCAAGUCAUGUUCACUGUUAAAACAGAAAUGACGUUUGGGUAUUUUCCACACA